AUGGGUGAACCGGAAAGAGUUCGAGUUAGUGGGACCACUGAGAAGAUCAGAGGUAUUGUCGCGUCCUCAAUUAUUUUCUUAUCAGCGUUUUUCGGGUCGUUUUAUAUAUUGUUACCGUUGCUGCCACUUAUGUUUAUCAACCAUACCUUAUGGAGAAAAGUCAUUGAUCGACUUGUUGGCUUCUGGCUAAUUUUACCAUCAGGGAUUUUAGAAUUUAUUUAUGGCAUAAAAUUUACUGUUACUGGCCAAAGGUUGGAAAAUAAUGAACCAGCUUUGAUUAUAAUGAAUCAUCGAACUCGGCUCGACUGGUUGUUCUUUUGGAAUGCUUUACUUCGUAUUGAUCCAUGGCUGUUGACUUCACAAAAAAUUUCUUUGAAGAAAUUAUUGAAGUAUAUACCUGGCGCUGGUUGGGCAAUGAGCUGUGACAUGUUCAUUUUUCUCUCCCGGUCAUUUGAAGACGAUUGUUCUCGUAUUGAGUCGUUAAUCAAGUAUUAUCAAAAUUCUGGUUACAAUUACCAAGUGUUGCUAUUUCCGGAAGGAACUGAUAAGUGUGAGCGGGCUACUGAACGAAGCCGAUUAUAUGCUUUAAGGAAGGGUUUAAAACAUUACGCUCAUGUGCUCCAUCCAAAAACUACUGGAUUCGCUUUCAUUGUAAGCAAGAUGAGGGAAGUGAAUUACAUACGGAAUGUCUAUGAUGUUACCAUAGCAUAUCCUGAUACAAUCGUGCAGACUGAACUCGACUUCAUUCGUCUUGGAGCUUGUCCAAGAAAUGUUCAUUUUGAUAUUCGGAAAAUUGACAUCGGUUCACUUCCCGCAAGCAGGACUGAUCUUUCGAGUUGGUUGAUUGACCUGUGGAAGUCGAAAGAGGAGAGGCUAGAAAAGUUUUAUAGCGAACAGGACCCGGAGAAAAGACGUUUGGAUACCGAGUAUGACGCUCAGUCGUUCGUGAUAACAAAAGGUCACAGAAAAGUUCAAGUUUGUGUAGUAACGUUUUGGCUGUUCUUAACAGGAGUGUGGACUUUCGUUUUUUGGACUUACCCAUCACAACUACUUCUUGUUACGUUAGGAAGCAUAAUUUUUAUUGGGUCUCAAGUUCUGUAUGAUGGUAUUGAGUGGCUUGCUGUGCGUGUAGCUGGCGGAAGAAUUGCUCUUAUUGAAAGAGACCGAAGCUACACUGAAAGGUCUUCUGAUUUUGCUGAACGGAAUAAUGGAUCGUUUUCUAAAAUAAAGUAG